UCUUCCAAUUUUUUUCACUCUGCGUGUUCCAUCAUCGACAAAUUCCUAUCCGUCCCUUUUUCGUUUCCUUAAAACCCUCAAAAAAAUUUUAAAAGAAGUAAAAAACUAUUCUUUUUCUUACUCUUUUCCUUACCGUUCGAAUUAUCCUCUUUGAUUCGAAUUUCGUUGUGUUUUGAGAUUUUUUUUACUUGGGAAAGAAAAUCGUUAUUUCGCGCAGAUAUCUUCUUCUGAUCUCCCCGUUAUACCUCUAAAAAAGCCUAUUUCCGCUUCCAAAAAUGUCUGACACUGCUGUUGACGCUGCCGUCGAGGAGGUCAAGAACCUCUCUCUCGAGACCCCCGCCGCCGAGGAGUCCGCCCCCGCCGCUGCUCCUGCCGCAGCCCCUGCUGAGACCACCGAGUCUGCCGAGCCCGCCGCUGAGUCCGCCGCUGCUUCCAACGGCGAGGAGAGCAAGGAGGCUACUCCUGCUCCCGGCCCCGCUCACUCUGCCUCGCUCUACGUCGGCGAGCUGGAGCCUACCGUCACUGAGGCUAUGCUCUUCGAGCUUUUCAACCAGGUCGGAUCGGUCGCUUCCAUCCGUGUCUGCCGUGAUGCCGUCACCAGACGUUCGCUCGGCUACGCCUAUGUCAACUUCCACAAUGCCGCUGAUGGUGAGCGUGCUCUCGAGGAGCUUAACUACACCUCCAUCAAGGGCCGUCCCUGCCGCAUCAUGUGGUCGCAGCGUGAUCCCUCGCUCCGCAAGACCGGUGCCGGCAAUGUCUUCAUCAAGAACCUUGACACCGCUAUCGACAACAAGGCUCUCCAUGAUACAUUCUCUGCUUUCGGCAACAUCUUGUCCUGCAAGGUCGCCGUCGACGAGUACGGUCAGCCCCGUGGAUACGGUUUCGUCCACUACGAGACCGCCGAGGCUGCUGACAACGCUAUCAAGCACGUCAACGGCAUGAUGCUCAACGACAAGAAGGUCUUUGUCGGACACCACAUCGCCAAGAAGGACCGUCAGUCCAAGUUUGACGAGAUGAAGGCCAACUUCACCAACGUUUACGUCAAGAACAUCGACUCCGAGGUCACCGAUGACCAGUUCCGCGACAUGUUCGAGGCCUACGGACCCAUCACCUCUGUCUCGCUCGCCAAGGACGACGAGGGCAAGUCGCGUGGAUUCGGCUUCGUCAACUUUGAGAACCACCAGGACGCCGCCAAGGCCGUCGAUGAGCUCAACGACAAGGACAUCAAUGGCAAGAAGCUUUACGUCGGCCGUGCCCAGAAGAAGCACGAGCGUGAGGAGGAGCUCCGCAGACAGUACGAGGCUGCUCGUCUUGAGAAGAUGUCGAAGUACCAGGGUGUCAACCUCUACAUCAAGAACCUCGACGAUGAUGUCGAUGAUGACAAGCUUCGCGAGGAGUUCUCCGAGCACGGAACCAUCACCUCUGCCAAGGUCAUGCGUGAUGAGUUUGACAAGUCCAAGGGUUUUGGAUUCGUCUGCUUCUCGUCGCCUGAUGAGGCCACCAAGGCUGUCACCGAGAUGAACCAGCGCAUGCUCAACGGCAAGCCUCUCUACGUCGCUCUCGCUCAGCGCAAGGACGUCCGCAAGUCGCAGCUCGAGCAGCAGAUCCAGGCUCGCAACCAGCUCAGACUCCAGCAGCAGGCCGCUGCCGCUGGCAUGCCUGGCCAGUACCUCCCCAACCCUCUCUUCUACGGACCCGGUGCUGGACAGCAGCCCGGUGGAUUCAUCCCCCCUCCUUCCGGACGUGGUGUUCCUUUCCCCGCUGGCAACCCCCAGAUGCUCAUGGCUCAGGGCGGUAUGGCCCCGCGACCCGGCCAGGGUCCCCAGCAGCAGUGGGCUCCUCGCGGAGUUCCUACUGGUCCUAACGGCCAGCCUCUGCAGAUGUACGGCGUUCCUCCUAUGGGCUACAACGGCUACAUUCCCGGACAGCCCCCUGUCCAGGGAGUUCCUGCCCAGCAGAUCCCCCAGGGUCAGAUCCCCCCCGGUCAGCAGGGCCGUCCCCAGCGUGGUGGAUACGCUCCCCAGCAGGGCCGUGGUGGCAUGAGAGGCAACCGCCCUCCCCAGCAGCGUCGUGAUGACGAGGCUGCUGCUGCCGCUCCUAUCCCUGCUGCUGCCGCUGCUCCUGUUAUCACUGCUGAGACCAUUGCCGCCACUGCUCCUGAGCUCCAGAAGCAGCUUGUCGGUGAGGCUCUGUACCCCAAGAUCGAGGCUGUCCAGCCCCAGCUUGCUGGCAAGAUCACCGGUAUGCUUCUCGAGAUGGAGAUCCCUGAGCUUCUGGGACUGCUGAACGACGACUCUGCGCUCUCGGUCAAGAUCAACGAGGCCGUUGCUGUGUACGAGGACUUUUUGAAGAACAAGGGCGAGGGCGAGACCGCUUAAGUGCGAGUUCUCUAAAGCUUUCUGCAAGUGUUUUUCAGGAACGGAAAUGAUGGUUUAUUUUUUUAUAUGACGGGUUAUAGUUUCUAGCGCUUGUGCUUCUCUCUUUUCCACUAGUAUUCUUGUUUUUUUUAUUUUUUUAUUCUCUCUUUUUAUUAUUUAUUUUGAUGGAUUUCGACGAAACGACGAAGUAUGGGAUCGGACAAGGAAUUUGUGCAAUCAAACAAAAGCAACAAUUCAAAAAAUCGCAAAAAAUCUGCUCAUUUGCUCAAUUUUAGACACAACUAGUGAGGCCGACCUCUUUCUUGCGCUUGCUCUUGUAUCUCCUCGAGGUAUUGUAAGACUGUUGGUUGAAAUAGUGACCUCUCUACUCUUUUGUCACGCGGCAUGCUGUU